UGGACGGACGAUAAUCGGGAAACAGGCAAUCUAACGUAAUACUAUUAUACUUUAACUAUGGACAAAGAUCUAGCUGAUAUUCUUCCGGAUAUUGAGAUAGACCAAAGAAGCCAAGAAUCAUCAUCUUACUCAAUUCUAACUUCUACAUCGAUCAAGUGUCCUAGACAUAAUCUACCUUCAAAAUGUGAAAUAUGUGGAAAUCCAGCAAUCGGAUAUCACUACGAUAUCGCAUCAUGCAAUGGAUGUAAGGCAUUUUUUCGUAGAACUGUUAUCACUGGGAGACAAGUUGCAUGCAAGAAAUGGGGGACAUGUUUAGAAGAAGAAAUUCCAAUAAACCGUAGGAUUUGCCCAGGAUGUAGAUUUUCAAAAUGUGUCAAAGUUGGAAUGAAUCCAAGAGCAAUUAGAGCUGAAAUCUCAUCGAAUGGAGAGAUACUGAAAAAUCAGCUUCUGAAAAAUCGAGAAGCUGAUAAGUUGGUCAUGUUAUCUCCAAAAACAGCGGAAGAUGAUCUGAGUAUAUCUAUUUCUAAGCUAAGUUUAAUAGAAAAUAAAAUUGACGAUCUUUUCAAUUCAAAAUGGCCAUCAAAUUAUUGUGAUUGGCGUACUGUAACGGAAAUCCUCAAAGCUCAUCCAAUUCUUGAAAUGUCGAAAAUUCCGAACUUGUCUUUUCAACCAAACCAACUCUUCCCUGAUCAUGCUGGAUUUGCUCAUAACGCAAGCCUAGCUGCCUUGGAGUUUACAAAAAUGCUUGAUAUAUUUCCAAAAUUAUCAAUUGAUACUGUUCAAAAACUUGUCAGACAUGGAUUAUUUAUGUGUGGAUCAAUGAUGACGAGCAGAAGAUCUAUUCAAAAGUUCAAUUCAGAUACAUUACGACGUACAGAUGGAACAAUUUCUGGAAAACCGGCAAAAAGUUGGAAUGGUGUUUGGGUUGAUCAUAGAAAAAUUGUACAAAGAGUUCUACGAGCGUUUCUUCGUAUUAAAUUGAAUGAUGUAGAAUACUUAUUUCUGAAAGUUAUAACUAUAUUAAAUCCAGCUGUCUCCGAUCUUUUUGCUCAAGAUCAAAAAAUAAUUGAACGAGAACGGAACAGAUUUGCUCAAUGUCUUCUGACUUAUUGCUUGAGGGAAUAUGCAGAAAAUAAUGGACCAUCUAGAUUUGCAUCAGUAUUAUCAAUAAUUUCAUCUAUGGAACUACAACAAAAGGAAGAAAAAAGCUUUAACAUUCUGCUCCGUGCGUCUUUUCCCGAUGCAAUUGUCUUGGUUAGCCCUUUGUUUGAUGAAAUUAUGUCAGCAUAA